CAAAAUCUAGCUUGCAAAAUUAAGAUAAGAUACUUGUCUAAACUAUAAAAGGGCUCAAAAACGCCAAUGAUGCAAUUGCAUCAACAAUGCUUACAAUGAAGUUCCACAUCUUGUGCAUUUUUCUUUGUGUUUGUGCUAAAACAUUUUCGUUUAAAACCCCAAUUCAUCCUUUGUAUACCGUCGAUAGGACUAAAAACUUUGGUGAUUCAAGCGAAUAUGAUACUUGUGGUUUAACCCCUCCGGAGUGUGACUCCAAGUAUAAAUAUCGUUCUUUUGACGGUUCAUGCAAUAAUUUAAAACACCCGGUAUGGGGAAUGUUGUCAUCAGCUUUUGCUCGUGUUUUUCCUCCUCGGUAUAGUGAUAACAAAGAGUUACCUCCUGUGGCAAGUGAUGGAGGAGAGUUACCCAAUGCUAGACAUAUCGUCACUACUGUUUUUGACGACAAGGACGUACCUGAUACUAUAUCACUAAUUGUAGCCCAAUGGGCACAAUUUAUUGCCCACGAUUUUGCCGUCGGUGUUCCCAAAACCGGAGUUGAUGAUUGUUGUGCCUCAGAUGAUCCUCUUGUGUGUUUAUCUAUUCCAAUUCCUGAAGACGACCCUUUCUACUCACAAUAUAAUAAAACUUGUUUAAGUAUGACACGGACUCAAACGACUUUGACCGGGGAUUGUGAUCCUGAAGCGCCAAAACAACAAAUUAAUGGCGUCACUCAUGGUCUUGAUGGGUCCCAAAUUUAUGGAUCUGAUUCUGAAACUGCAUCUUCUUUGCGGGAACAUAAAGGUGGUCGAAUGUUAGUACGACAAAAACCCGAUGGUCGCUGUUUUCUGCCGUCAAAAGGGACGUGUUAUAAUUCAGAUGUGUGCUAUGUUGCAGGAGAGGCUCGUGUCAACCAAAAUACUCAAUUGACAGUUAUGCAUACUAUGCUAGUGAGGGAACAUAACAGAAUCGCUGAUAUUUUAGCCAGCAUUCACCCAGAAUGGGAUGACGAAACUAUAUACCAAGAAACUCGAAGUAUUGUCAUAGCUGAAUAUCUCCAUAUCACAUAUAAUCACUUUCUACCAAAUAUACUAAGUGAAAAUUUUAUGACUAAAAACGAACUCAGGUCGAGGAGUCAAGGAUAUCACAAAUACGACGAAGAAAUCCCUAAUAUUGUUCUUAUAAGUUUCAGUAAUCCCGCUUUUAGGAUUUUCCAUUCCGGCCUACAAGGAGUGAUAGGUCUAUACAACUAUCAUUUAGACCCAACUUCACAUAUUAACCUAACGGAUUAUAUGAAUUCUCCCGGAAUUUUGGAAGAAGAAAACCACUUUGACGAAUUAAUUUUGGGAGUAAUUACCCAACCCAUGCAAACGAUUGACUCUUUCUACACAUCUCAGAUAGAAGAGAAGUUAUUCCAUUUUGGUAAACCCUACGGUACUGACUUGAACGCUCUCGACAUCCAAAGAGCAAGAGAUCAUGCAGUCCCGGGUUACCCAACGGUUCUGUACGGUUGCAGAGGAAUCGAAGUUAAGAAUUUUGACGAUUUGGCCGACAUCUGGCCCAAAAAGCACAUAGAAACUGUCCGUAACGUCUACAAGUCAGUUGACGAUAUCGACCUUUUUGUUGGCGUUAACUUUGAAAAUAAACCAGAAGGACACAGAAUGAGCCCGGUUUUGGAGUGUCUAAUCGGAGAACAAUUCUAUAGAUGGAAAAACGGUGACCGGUUUUGGUACGAAGUCGAAAACCAACCGCAUUCAUUCACUCCAGCACAACUUAAUGAAAUACGAAAGGCGACGCUUUCGCGCCUUGUUUGUGACACUAGUGACUAUAUACUGAACGUAACAGUAAAUGCAUGGAACCCACCAGGAGACAAUAAUCCGAUUGUUCCAUGCGUAAGCGUCCCAUCAAUUGAUCUCACAAAAUGGCUGUAAAUGUACUAUAUUUUAUAAUUAUGAAUAAAUGAUAUUAAAAAA